AUGCUGCUCUCUGAGCAAGAUCCGAACGGCGGCGGCCGCAUGUCUCGAGCCUCCAACAUCUCCGCCCUGAGCCGAACAUCAGGCAAACCCGUAUCGCGGGCACCUAGUUCUGAGAUCCCACCUGCUCUCGAUCGCGGUGUUUCGUCCAUGCUCCGCACUGGGACCGAGAUGGGCAACGUCGGCAUCGGCGCCCAAUUUGACGACCUGUCUGGCAUUAAUAACAUGCAGCGUCCUAUACGCUCGCGCGCAACCAGUAGGAUGUCGACAGCUUCUUCCAUGUCCAACGCGUCUAGCCGAGCUAGCAGGCAGCUUCGUCACUUCCCUUUGUCCUCUUCCGCACCACGCCAGCCAAUGCUGCAUUACGGGCAGCAGUAUGUCGCUGAUACGCUCUCUCCAACGACGAUGAACGCCGCCAGCUCAUCACCUUUCAACGGAAGGGACAACCGCGACAGGGACUCGCAUCGCUCCCAUUCUAUGACGCAUACUAUACAGCCACCGAAGUACGGCCUCGUGAGCAACAGGUCCCUUACUAGUCUGCGCCCUCAGCCAGCAUUUCGGUCUUCGAACUCGUACAACUAUCCAAUCUCAUCGGGGGGCGGGCUCAGGCCGCCUGGUUCAUACCAGAGAUCGGUCUCACCCGUCCUGGGCGACGACACCAGACUACCCCCACAGGGAUCACAAGCCUACGACGACGAAAGACUGUCUUUUGCUGGCCCACUGCAAGGUUACAACAACCCAGUACGCACAUACUACAACCAUCCGCAGCAGCAUGCUGGACAGGGGCAGGAACAUCGUGGCUUCAGCAACCGGCAUAACCCAGGGCAGAUGAGAGCCAUGAAUCCAUCUUCCCAAUCUACAAUGAGUCUCGGAAAUCGUGCCGUGGAGGAUGACGGGUUCCCUGUCUAUGGCGGACCAGAUCAGCUCAGGCAAACACAAAACUUGAACAAUGGGCAUCCCAUCUCUCGUAAGGUUCUAGGCAACUUCAUCCGCGAGCCUCGCUCGGAAGAUCGAAGGGACGAUAGGCGUAGGGGUAGUGACUUUCGUUCGGAGGCUCCACCCUUGCCGGUCGACCACAAGCACCGCAUUGCCGUCGAACAAGCUAGUCUUAAGAGGUCUGCGCCUGCUUCCAUUUCCAGUUUUAACACAAACUUGCGUACCGACUCAGACGCACCAUCCUCCGACAUGGCCCUACCGCCAACUCCGAAAGAUGGUCACCUCAUGGAGGUGCACCGUAGCCUCGAUAGAACCAAGGUUUUCAAGGUCGCCAAUACGAACCGCAUUGUCAUCACAGAGGAGCCUUCAUCGGCGCCAUCCUACGGGAUGAAUGGACAGCUUGAACGCAAUGAGCCUGAAGACCCAGGAGCCGAGACUAUCCCUGUUGGCUUCAUGGACCGGACCAAAACCAUCGCCGAGCAGUUUAGCCCCACUGGGGCGGUAUUGAAGAGUGAUCCUUUUUUAGGACAAGAGGCACAACCAAUGUCGAUGGAGGUCGUGUCUCCCCAGUUAUCAAACAUCGACCAUAUCGCAAACGACGUUGCGGAACUCCCGGCGUCCCCGGUAGCUCGCCGUAUCACGAGGAAUUUGAUCCUAAGUGGACUAGAGGCUUCAACGACGGACGAUAUCCAGUCUUCCAUCAAGUCAACAAGCUCUUCGGGGCAAUCUCUAUCGCCACCAAGAAAGCCCCUAACGCCAUCAAAAAGGUCACUUAUUCCAAGGCCUCUGACCCCAAGGUCCUCGACACUGUCAAAGACCAAUAAGUCUACUCAUUCUGACCACCUACCUGUUGAGAAGUCAUUUGCAUCUGAUAUGCUUUCCAGAGCCACGCCGGAUCCGACAGACAGCCGACGUAAUCGUGGUAGUAUCUUAUCAGAAACGGGAUCUAGCGUCCUUGACUCGUCCACUCUUGAAUUCGCAGUUCGACACUCCAUACCAACAGCCAAAGGUGGUGGCUUCGGAAAUGAGCCUGGUGUCCAAGCCCAUGUUGUCACAAGCAUUGCAAGCCCCGGCCACAGUACCGAGGAUGGUAUGUCGGAUGUUCUUGCAGGCUACCAAGGAACCGAUUCUAAGAAUGAGACCGACGCUCUGGUACAAGGUGGGAUGACCAAGAAAGAUAAGAGCGAUGGGCAAGAGCAUACGGACGUUUCGACAGAUCAGGAUAUGAAACUGUUGCCACUUGCCCUUCGUUCUAGAAGCAGCCAUGUCCAAAAGUCGUCCGAUGAGUUGUCCUUCAAGUCGUGUACAGAUCUGCCAGAGGCAUUCUUGGAGUCAGCAUCGUUCCAGCCAAGGAGGAACCUUGACGAGGAUUCUUCUGCGUCCGCGAUCGAUGUCGCGCCUCAGCGAGAUGGGCCUUUGAAGGAAUUAGAUGCCUGCUCUUUUGCGACUGCCGCAAGUCCUAUCCGUGCUACUUCUGUACCGCCGUCUCGAUUCCCCUCGUCCAACCUAGGGAACCUGGUCAUGAGCCAGAGCAGGGCGACUACUGAGAUGCCUUUGUCUAAACCAUCCUCUAUUAUACUUCGUAAACAGCCGCCGGUACCCCACCGAGAAUCAAGCUUCUCGAUCGUGGCGAACAAACUGCGGACCAGCUCAAAGCAGAGUAUGAAGCAAGGCUCGGUAUCGGUAUCUGGUUCAUCAUCCACGCUUAGCACCACGCACCUGCCGCCAGUGGUCCCGCCUCGGGAGUCUUCUACUUCCAAGGAAGCUCAACGUGUGCACGCUGCAGUCUCUUUCUUGAUGCGUCCUCUACCAUCGCGCUUUGUUAGGCCUCGGAAGAAUUUCGAUCAAGAGGAUCUGCCGAGGUCAGAUGAAACGAUUUCAACUGUUCGUGACUCGAAUCAAGAUACGAGCGGCGCCUCAAGCUUCAAUGGGGUUGUAAGCUCACCACCCCCUGUCGUGGAGGUAACUACGACAUCAAAAGUGACAUCGUCCAAGCCAAAAGGGGUACCUGCCGCGAAGAUGCGGAUCAUCACUUUCGAUACUCCGGAAGCCUGCAACCUUUACAAGAUCCUUGGUAGCAGCCCGAUUCCUGUUGCGCAACAAAAAGCUUUCAACAGCUCAGAUUCUGCCAUUAUCGAACCCUCAUCUGUGUAUUCGAUCCAGGAUAGCUCUUCAAGUUCCCAUGUAGACCCUGCGGAUGGAGUUGCGGCGACCCCGGAACCUAAUCGUCGCGACAGCCAGACUACCACACAUAUAGAAUGGCAUCGCUAUGCGUCUUCUGCUACAGGUGGCGGAGCUCAGCAAGUGCCGCUGCGGCCGCCAAGUGGUAUUGGAGCUCAUCUCGACUCUUCGUCCUUGACUCCCUUGACCAAUAUUCAAGAGGAUACUACAACGGUCCUCAGACUGUCCGGGUAUAGGUAUCCUGGCCCUUCGCGUUAUCUGCCUGACCUGAAAGAGGAGUCGCAUGAGGACUCGAGCCUCAACACGAGUGCGAGCAACCUGAAGAGCUCGAGUUUCCGUUUUCCAUUCGGGGCGCCGUCGGGUGUUAGGGCUUCGGGAGAGGAUCCGGUCAACUUCUCGAGAAGAUCGUCUAUGGUGUCGCAUCGCCGAAGUGUUAUUGGUAGCAAUGUCGGCAGCACACUUGGCCUGGCACACGGCUUACCUUCGAUGCGAUUUAGUCGAAUGAAUCUGUUUGAUGGUCUGACCGACGAGCUUGGCCUUCGCUACUCAAGGUCAAUGGAGGAGGUGCCCAAUGCGUCGCAGAGGUUGAGCAGAGGUAGUCCGUUGCGGCCUGCAUCAGCGGGUGAUGUCACAGGUCUGCGCCUUUCUCUCGCCGAGUUGGAUGAGGCUCAGCGCUCGAGGUUGUCAAGGCAGCUUACUGCCAUGAUGAACUUGUUCGCCAUGCAUCGUGCGCGUUCGCCGGAGCUUAUGGCGGAGAUUGAGCGGCUUACUAUACCUUCUGUUGGAAGGCUCACACAGCGCUUCUCGGAGUUCUUCCCGUCGUUGAGGGAGUACUAUCAGUGUGGUGACCCGGUUGAGUUCCCAAUCGAGGAAGAGAUUAAAAAGCACGCGUUGGAUGAGAUUCACGAGAUCCAUCCGACGCAAAAGCGCUCCUAUGCUCGACUUCGUCCCAUGCGUGGAGUAUCCCACAUGGUUGUCAUCGAGGAUGAUCUCUACAUUGAGAUUACGAGCAAGGAGAAGGGACAUGGUAAUCCAAGCCGUCCCGAAGAUAGGGUUACUGCAAACAGCGCUAGUGAGGCAGAUUCAUUUGCGGAUAAGUCGACCUACGAAGACGACGUGACUAGCACCCCAGCACACAACAAAACAGCUCCGCUUCUAGAGCUUCAAGUUCCGUCACCUGUUGUUCUACGCCCACACUCCCAUACAGUCGGUCCUCAAGAGCUUCGCAUCUCAGGGGAUUCGGCUCUGUCAUCAAGAAGGUCUUUGAGAUCGAUUGUUUCCACGCCUACAGCGACCGAGACGCGUCCUUGGAACUCGGACAAGAACUAUCCUUGGGCAACGUCAACAAAUCCCGCAAUCGACAUCUCUCUCCCUUGUCCACCCGCUGCAAAACACUCCCCUCGCCCUGGUCCCUCUCAUCUCCGCAACAGACUCUCUGACACGUCUACUGCAAGUUCCUUUUCGACUGCGCAGACAGCUACAGCAUCGCCCUUUGGGUCACCAUCCGACAGCACCGCACACGCAAGUCAUCACCGCUUCAGCGCCUUUGGCCGUAACGGUGAUCAGUCGCACGCAGUUGGAGAACGCUAUCCCACAUCCGCUUUGUCUCCACCUACAGCUAUCUUCCGCGAUCACCUCUCUGCCUCGGAUACUUCUGACGACGAGCAUUACGAUACCACGCACAAGACCAGGCUCUCGCUGCGCAAGCGGUUUUCGUCAACUCGCAAAGCUACGUUUGACAACCAAACAAACACUCGAGCUGGCAGGAGCAAGACUAAAGCACAGGAUCUUGCUUCGCCCGAGUCCACCAAGCCGUCAACAAAUUCAAUCCUCCAGGAUUGUGUUGACGAAGCUCAAGCGUUCACGUCAUCCACUACCGCAAACCGGCAUACCUUCCGUGACGCGGAGGGUAUGAGAGCAGUUGACUACCGCAAACAACGUAUCAUCGACCGCAUCAAGACUUGGUGGCACAAAGGCUCGCACCUGAUCAGACAACUGUCAACCCGCAAGCAGUCCACUACUACUGGUGCUACAACUGCCUAA